AUGCAGGCUAACUACCGAUUCUCCCAUUACAUCGCCGAGUUUGCCAAUACGCUCUCCACCACGAUUUUCUUGAUUCUUGCUGCUUACGGGACCUUUAGAGCUCGCCGUGAAUCUCUCCCGACGAGAUACGUGCUCAGUUAUGCCUUUCACGCAACCCUGCUGUUUCAUUUCCAGCUCGCAGAUGAGCUACCUAUGAUAUAUCUCGUCUCCAUCAGUUGCUGGUUCCUUUAUGACCGCAUUCCUGGUUAUAGGAUAUCCUCGGCUGCAAACCCUCUCCUCCCUCUUAAUCGUGUAUGUAUUCUCAUAUUCCAUCCGGCGGUUGACAGUAUCACUGACAUCCUUGCAAGUAUCGCCAAUCGUAAUCCCAUUUAUUUUCAAUGGGUUUUUGCAAUCCUGUGUAUCGCCAAAGUCGCCCUCAUUACACACCUUCUAAUGUGGUCUAAAGAACAUUUAGCUAUCUCGGAAGAUGCAAAAUACAGCAUUGCGAGCAUCUUCAGCAUCGGAGCCGUCCUUUUUGUUAUUGGCUUCGUUAUCUGGAACAUUGAUGGUCUGUGCUGUGAUUAUUUGACUGACUGGAAGUCACCGGUGGGGCACGCAUGGUGGCAUCUGUUCUCGGGAUUUGGUGUAUAUUUCAUGUUUGUCGGAACACAUUGUGAUUCACUUUGUGUCAAGGACCAUCACAAAAAUUAUGCAGUUGAAUAUCGUUAUGGAAUCCCAUUCAUCGGGCACGUACAUAAGGAAGAAUAGUGAUAUACUUCGAUCUGCUAUCAUGGUGUACCGCCAGCGUUGAGCAGAGAUGAAAAACACAUGAAUUAAAUUAGUCGCUACAUUGCGAAGGUAUAUCUGUUCUUAACUUUCUAGUAGAAGUGACCGGCAUAGACUUCGAAAGAGCAAUCACACUCUACAAG